AAUCAAGACGACCAUUAGCUGCUCUGACAAAUUAUUUUAAUAAAAACGUAAGUUAUGGGACAGGGUCCAUCAAAUGUAGCGCGUAAAGUUUCGAAAUCAGUCUCUUCUUUGUUUUCUUCAAGUCAGGAAAUAGAGCACGAGUCUGCUGUUGGUCGAUUUUCAGUAACGCCGUAUGUCUUCAAACGCUCUGGUUCCAUGUAUUUUGAUGAGGAUGGUGACUUGGCCCACGAGUUUUACAUUGAAGCGAUGGACAGCAAAGGAUACACCCUCGCUCGAUCCACAGAGAAUCUUACUCCGCAGGGUGACAUAGAGCUGUCACAUCCUCGGUUUAAUGUAGACUUUCCUACUGUGAUAUGCCGUGCGCCGUACACCUGACAUCGAAAGCCUUUAGCCCCUGUCACAUUCCUUUGUUUGUGUUCAAGUGUCUCAACAUGCAAGCUAUCUAGUCAUUUGGCUACAAUAUCAGGAAUCAACAUCUUGCCGAAAUGUCUAAUGGACGUUAGUUGUCAUCUGGGGUGUUGCUGAAAAUGAGAUAAAGUUCUUGCAGUUAAUUGUAUGAAUUUAUGACUUGCCUUCAUCAUUUAGUCUUGAUUCUAUUGUAAUUUUCUAAACAUCGCCCUAUUUAAUUUUCUUUGAAAUUAGUUGUUAAAAAUCUUAUAAACAGAUGUAUUCCUAUUUCCUACAUGUUAUACUGAUAAUUUUUUUAUUGAAACUGCAUACUGUAAUGAUUUUUAUGCUUAUACAUAUAUUAAUUUGAAUCCUAAAUAUAGUUGUUAUGCUCAGUUAUAUAUUUUGUCAGGUACAUGAUUGUAUUUUUCAGCAGGUCUGUUUUACUUCAAGGCUGUAUUAAUUAAGCAGGACAGACAGAUUGACAACAGAUAAAGAAAAGUUUCACAUCAUUAUGAUGACGAAUAUUCAUUGGAAGCUCGCCCUUGACUAGUACAUUACAAAUAAAGGUAAAAAUAAAGAGUUAAAGUUCAGUAGGUCAAAGGUCAAGGUCAGGGGUCAUCAUUUUAUUAAGAAAAUGUUCCAGAAAAAAGUUUUACUAACAAAGUAAAUUUUAAUUAAUUUACAAAGAAUUAUGAAACUUAUUUAGAUAGGUUACCGGUCACAGGUAGAUAGAUCUUAUUGAUUAUGAAAUCAGUAGGUCAAUGUUUAGUGGUCAAUAUUUUAAAGAAACUGUACUUAGAAAAUGUAAUACUUUAGGAGUAGAAAUCUGCAUUUUUUAUACUCAUUAAAUGUUAAAUAUGGUUAGGUCAUUUUCUGUGUAUUGCUUUUGUAAAUGUUUUGUUUAUCAACAUAGAAUGCAUAGUUUCUUUUUAAAUCAAAGACCAAUAUAAAUUAAGUAUAAAUAUAAUUAUCAGCAUCUUAUAAUUAGAGCCCUGAAUUUUUUUGCCCUAUAGUUACCACCUUGUCUGUCUAUGUCCGCCUUUCUUCAUUUUUGUCGAAACCUGCUUGUGGUGAGCUCGGUUUAGCUGCAGUCUGCAGUGACGGUCCUGUGUUUGUGCAUCAGUACUGUUAAUCAUUGUGUAUAGGACACACUUUUUUCCCACAUAAUUCUUAUAAAUAAAAUGCCUGCGUCUUAUAUAUAGUAUUAGGCUUUCGACGUUUUUUCCACAGUCCAUUUCCAAAAUAUGUUUGUUUACAUUUCGCUUUAAAGAGAUGUUACUCAAAUCGAUGACGGAUUUAGUUAUAAAGGCAGUAGAAAAUCGGGUACAGUCACCAUCAGCAAAUGACAACAAAUAAGUAGUUAAUCUUUUCAAAUUUUUCGAAUUGUACGAUAGUUUUUAUGUAGUAUGAUUCUGUAUUAAAAACAAAUAGACAUGCAUGAAUUAAAGUGGCAUCAUUGUGUACUGUCGUUGAGUGAAAAACUCCCUCUACCUUACUGCUGCUGCCUUACUACCAAAUCUACAAACUUUUGCAAUGACGAUGUUGUUCGUCUCAUUAUACCAUUUGUUUGAAAUACUUAACUAUGGUGUUGAAAACAUUUAAGUACAAUAUACAGCUGUUCCUUAUACAAUUUAUGUCAAUGAAAAAUGAUUUGAGGGCUUCACGGAGAGCGACAUCGGGAUGACAGAUUUAAAUGGUUGUUUAUUGAUUACUUAAUACAGUAAUGCAGUUAACUAUUUAUGUGCUUUGUACCAUUGUUAUUUCAAUAUAUUUUAUCAUUUAUGUACUUAUGUUAUGUGCUGUACUAUUAAAUAACCUUUGCCAUUUUCACCAUUCAAUAAAAUUUGUCAAAACAAAUAUGGCGGCUGCCAAUUUUGACAUCGAUUCUCUGUGUCCUUCAUACGCAUUUAAUGGUAUCAAGUUUUUUUGUUGUUUUUUUCUUGUAUUUUUUGCCCUGUCCUAAAUAUGAUAGUGUCCUACACACAAUGGUACUUUGAAUUUUCUUAUGGAACCUUUUAUGGGAGACAAUCGAUUUUGAAUGUGGUGCUUUGCAGCAACAUUUGUAGUUUUCAUUACUUUUUAAAAACUAGUUGUUGGCUUAAAGCUGCACUCUCACAGAUUUUGUAACAUUUUGACAACUUUUUUUUUCUUGGAAUGAGCCAUUUUAUGUGUCAAUGUCUGGAAACCAGUGAUAAAAGACUGCUGAUCAAUUAAUGUUUUAUGGAAAGAAAAAUGUAAUUUUCUGAAGUUGUCCAAACAAUUGAGAUCUGUUCUAUUGUGAUUUAUCUUAUAUGACUCAAUUGAAGGCAUUGAUACAAAAAUCAGCUGAUUCUAAGACAAAAAUGUCAAGUCUGUGAGAGUGCAAGUUCAAAAUGAAUGAUAUUCAAGCAGAUAGGACUAUAAUUGUUAAAAUUGGUUACAAUAUAAUGCCACUUUGUCAGAUAAAACAACUUGUAUUUUAUUUACAAAAACACAGGUGAGCGAUUUAAGGGCGAUUAGGGCUCUCUUGGUGCUUUUGUAUUUAGUGUCAAGAAAAGGCAUAUAUUUCCAUAUAAUCCAAUUGAAUGCUGCCAAUCCAAUGAUGUUUCUUUCAUUUUUUCCAAUCAUUGUAAAUAUUUGAAGAUUUGCUUUUUGUAAAAAUUAGCAUAUAUUGUAGACCUAAGUGCAGUUGUUGUUGUAUUUAUAUAUUUUUUAAAUUAUAUAUGAUUUUAAUUAACCCAGAAUAGUUUUUGUACAUUUAUCAUCAGAGAAAAAUUGUCCAUUUAACAUUUUUAAAAUGCAUUAACUUAUAAAAACUUUCUCAUCUGUGUAUUGUUCAUUUUUCACUUUGUUAACUAAUAAGAAUAUCUGUUCAUAUCAUAUUAUGUAGCCACUCUAGGCUAAUAGAGAGGUUGAGUUGUCAUUUUUUUGCUGAGAACUCAGCACAGACUAUGUGUAACCACUUGUAACCAUUAUUCAAAACAACUCCACAUAUUUUCAUAAUAAUAUGUCAUUUUGUUUUGUUCUUAAUCAAAACCAUUAUGUUUUCAUAAUCCUGUGUUAAAGUAUUGGUGAAUACAUUUUCUUAAACACA